CCAAUGACCCAUUUUCUACUCUUCUCCUGACUUAACGACACCCCCUUCUCUAUUCCCAUCCCACGUUCUCUCCCAGAUAACAAGUGAUGGUGCUCAGAAUUUGAGUCCACUUAAGCUGGGUAUGUAACAUCUCGCUGCUCUCAGCAGGGCAGCAAUCAGUAGAUGGGGCAUCAGGACUUCAUCGGAGUCACUGAAGAAUCCCCCGACAAAGAGGAGACACUCUAUGCUUCAGUCACAAGAAAACAUGGGAGAGUCAGAACUCGAAGAACUCUGGCCCUGGCUGGCCGGCAGCUCAAGGCUUCCACGCACGUGUUUCCCUGCACCAGAAAGUCUUUUCCUUGAGACCUGAUGAAAGAUUCACUAUUUCUGUCAUUUUCAGGAUAGAUUCCUUGGCCCACCUGUCCCCCACCCCACUCUGUGCAGAGGUACAAAAGCUCAAGCCGUCUCCAUGGCCCCAGGAAAGAUUCAGGGGAGAGGCCCCACACAGGGAGCCACUGCAGUCAGACACCCUGGGCAGAAUGGAGCUGACUGAUUUGCUCCUGGUGGCCAUACUUCUCCUCACCGCAAGACUAACUCUGUCCAGCCCAGUUCCUCCCGCGUGUGACCCCAGACUCCUAAAUAAACUGCUUCGUGACUCCUACCUCCUUCACAGCCGACUGAGUCAGUGUCCUGACGUCAACCCUUUGUCUAUCCCUGUCCUGCUGCCUGCUGUGGACUUUAGCCUGGGAGAAUGGAAAACCCAGACGGAACAGAGCAAGGCACAGGACAUUCUAGGGGCAGUGUCCCUUCUACUGGAGGGGGUGAUGGUAGCACGAGGACAGUUGGAACCCUCCUGCCUCUCAUCCCUCCUGGGACAGCUUUCUGGGCAGGUUCGCCUUCUCUUGGGGGCCCUGCAGGGCCUCCUAGGAACCCAGCUUCCUCCACAGGGCAGGACCACAGCUCACAAGGACCCCAGUGCCCUCUUCUUGAGCUUGCAACAACUGCUGCGGGGAAAGGUGCGCUUCCUGCUGCUGGUAGAAGGUCCCGCCCUCUGUGUCAGACGGACCCUGCCCACCACAGCUGUCCCAAGCAGAACCUCUCAACUCCUCACACUAAACAAGUUCCCAAACAGGACUUCUGGAUUGUUGGAGACGAACUUCAGUGUUGUAGCCGGAGCUGCUGGCCCUGGACUUCUGAACAGGCUUCAAGGAUUCAGAGCCAAGAUUAUUCCUGGUCAGCUAAAUCAAACCUCCGGGUCCCUAGACCAAAUCCCUGGAUACCUGAACGGGACACACGAACCUGUGAAUGGAACUCAUGGGCUCUUUGCUGGGACCUCACUUCAGACCCUGGAAGCCCCAGACGUUGUGCCAGGAGCUUUCAACAAAGGCUCCUUGCCACUCAACCUCCAGAGUGGACUUCCUCCUAUCCCAAGCCUUGCUGCUGAUGGAUUCACACUCUUCCCUCCGUCACCUACCUUGCCCACCCCUGGGUCUCCACCUACCUUGCCCACCCCUGGGUCUCCACCCCAGCUCCACCCCGUUUCCUGA